AAUUGAUAAAUGUCAGAUUUGUCAAAAAUAAUCUAGGCACAUUACGUUUUAUUGUGUUGAAUUUCAGUGUUUUUUUUUUUUCGUUUCCUGUGAUAUGUACUUAAAUUUUAAUUAAUUCAACAGAUAUAUCAGUGCUGGUUACCAUGGAGCUGACGAUUUAAAAGCGGUCGUAAAUUCUAUGGAAUACCUUCAUAUUCCAGUGCAGUCAGUUAAUAGUAUCCGCAGUUGAGAAGUAUGUAUAGAAAUGAAGAAAUGUGACACUUGCCGUCUCCGUACCGAACGGAGGGCUUCGGACAGCCGGCUGGUCACCGAGGACUGUGACCCCCUCAUUGACUCGCCCGUAGUCUCCCAGGACGAGCCUUACGAAAAUUGUAUCUUUUCGUGCGGCAUCUGCACGAUGUUUCCGUCGUGCAUGUCGCUGUUGUCGCGUCGCUCGGAGCAGCGCGCGCCGCGCCCCGGGCAGGCGGAGGUCGUGCUCAAUGUGUACGACAUGUACUGGACCAACUGGUAUACGGCGAGUGCAGGCGUGGGUGUGUUCCACAGCGGCGUGCAAGUCCACAGUGCCGAGUGGGCGUACGGUGGUCACCCGUACGCCUUCACCGGCGUCUUCGAGAUACAGCCCAAGGACGAGCGCGAGCUGGGCGAACAGUUCCGCUUCCGGCAAAGUGUACAUAUAGGCUAUACCGACUUCAGCGAAGAGGAGGUGCGUCGGUUAGUGGCCGAGCUGGGCAAACAGUUCCGCGGUGACAGAUAUCACCUUAUGAACAACAACUGCAACCAUUUCACGUCGGCAUUUUGUCUGGCGCUGUGUUCCCGCGACAUCCCGUCGUGGGUCAAUCGCCUCGCGUAUGUGAGUUCGUGCGUGCCCUUCCUGCAGCGGUGUCUGCCCAAAGAGUGGCUGACGCCGGCGGCGCUGCAGCAGUCGCUGGCGGCGCACUCGCGCUCCUCGUCCCCCGCCUCCCCCCACACGCCGCAUUAGCUACACGGGGCCCUGACGUGGAGCAGAUGAACAGACAAGUCUCGUAGCACUGUUGGCGCAUUGUCGAUAGCUCUCACACAUUACUGUAUCUUACAUGUUAAACUUGUUGCGUUAUCCUGGUCCGAAAAUUUGAAUCCAAAAUUCUUUAUCCAAUUUAGGAUUAUAUACAUCACUUAUUGACGUCAAAAAUUACUUAAAACCAAGUCUACCGCCUACUUCAGAAGCGCAGGUGAAGAAGAAGCGGCAACAACUUCACCGCAGCCUUUUCUCCAAACACGUCUAUUGACAAAUGUGAUUAAUUAAAAAAAAGAUUUUACCCUAUAAUGCUCAAUGUCUAUGUAAAAAUGUGUAACAAAUUGACUGACGAAGGAAUAUUUAAACUGUUAAUUAAUAAAAGUUCGCGAUUAAUUUAGCACCUCCUCCUUUUUUCGAAGUCGGUUAAAAAGAGUCAAUCUGGCAGUCUGUUCCGCUUACGUUAAGGUCGUAAUCACAUUUCAAUGGUUUUUCGCUAUUAGUUUUUAAUAAGAAAUGCGCAAGAUGAGAAAUCAUUGAGUAAGACCAAAAAAGUGUGAAAUUUUGAUAAUUAUUAUCUCUAUUAUUUCCUCAGCCAUGAACCGUCGGAUGAGCCCAGAAUCCGCUUUCCUACUUUUUCUACAAACUUUUAUUAUUUUCCCAUUAUUCGUGAGAAUUUCGAUUAAAGAUUUUUAUAAAAAUUGAAAGAUUGAAGCCAGGAUAACCUAACAAAUAAUAUCGUUCUGCGAACUGUUGUUUAUCCAAGGUCCAACAUGCUGUUGAAAGCAUUUAAUGGUCAACUCUAGAUACGACUGCAUUUCUACAUUCAAAUAUUUGGUUUCUUAAAAUUGAGAAAUUAUUAUAACUUUACUAUAAGUACAUUUAUGUGUGGGUUUUUAGUGAGUCGUUAGGAAGCCAUAUUCAUACAUUUCAAUUUAAACAUCUAUGUUUUUGUUUUACGCUUAAUCCGCUCAAAUCUUUUUUUUUAUGUAUGUUUUUUUUAAGUAUAAAGAUCUUGGGAAAGAAAGGUUUUAUUAUAUGUCAUAAAGAAUAGGUUUUAUCAUAUAACAAUAUAUGUACACGAUGUUACAAAAUAUCUAUAUACAAAGUGAAGAAAACUGAUUUUUAAAGAAACAUUUUUUUGCCAUUGCAAUACCUAAUAGUCAAGAUUGGUUGAUAAACACCCAGUGUUGCCAACCGACAGGAGACAGAGCGUUCAUUUAUUUUCUUCACUUUCUUGACAGACUAUACAUACGGAAUGGUAAGUUCUACGUUGGUCCAGUACGCGAAGUUUCAAGUUAAUAUUGUAAAAAGUAUUCGUAAAUCGCGCCCACUGUUACAAAUACGAAAGUUUACGAGCACUCUUUUUAGAAGUGUUACUUAUAGGUAGCUAUAUUACCACUUCGUAUGUAUACAGAUGUAUUGCAACACCGCGCGCAGUGUAAAUUGUUCCGAAUUUUUAUUCAUACCAUUGUUUUUUAACUCUUUUUUAUAUAGCAAUAUUGUCGUAUCAAGAUGGCGCUUGCUCACUAGCGCCACCAUUGCAUUUUUAUCGAUAUUGAAUUCAUUGCGAAAACGAAAUCCCACAGGAUAUUAUGUUACGGUAGAUGAAAGUUUUUAUCAGAAAGUAUUGGAGUUUUGCAUUAUACAAAGUGUAGUCUCAAUUUACGACAAAGAUUUUUGUGAAUUGUUGCAACUGCGUCCAAUAGAAAACUUUAAUGCUAUCUAAUAAAAUCAAGUGUAACAUAAUUUGCAGUACCACUUUUUUAGAUUUCGUUUGUAAAUAAAAUAAAUUGUGACGAUGGCGCUAGUGCGCGCGCGGGCCCCGUAGUGAACAAGUCUAUAUUUGUCACGUUAGUUUUAGUCAAAGUAUAUCUUGUUUUCCCAUGGAAUUCUAUUCAUUAUGUCAUCUAUAUACGUAGUUUAGUCGUCCGUCCGGUGUUCUCUCUAUGUAUUUAUGUAUAAGACUGGCAUUGCAUUUAAUGUUUCGAAAAAUGCACAAAACCAAUGACCACCACCGCCGCUACGACGUCCGCGAAUCCACUGUCAAUAUUGUACUUUUUUAAUUACGAUUUUUUGCUAAACGCCCAGAUUUAUCCGCAUAAAAAAGUUAAAACCUGUGUAUUUUGUCUCGUUCUAGCAACGUGUUGUAAAGUGAAUUUGGGACAAAAUAUAUUUUAACUAAUAGGUUCUAACAUUUUUAUGAAUAACCAUAAUUGAGUAGUAAUUUGGUUUUUACACUAGUACAUAUUGACCUCAUUAACUACAAACAUAGAGGUUAUGUUUUUUUUAAAAUUACGUUGGACUAAUCCAAGACAAACAAGUGCCAUCGUCUUAGUCGUGAAAUUAUUAGGUAAUUUGUAUAAUAUACUAUACUAUAAAAUAUGUCUAAACCUUAAUGAAUUUGUUGAAUCGAUAAAUAAAUUGUAAAUAUGUGUUAUGUAGGCCACGUUGAAUUAAAAUAAAUCGAUUGAUGUUUCGACUAUAUUAAGAUCUGGUUAAAAUUGUAUUAGGGUUUGAAGGAAUUUCCCCAAAAUGUUACAUGGGAUUCGAAUGUUAAAAUUUGGAUAUAGUUACAUACAUAAAAAUUUAAUAAAACUUGGUGUAAUCACUUCAUACAUUUAUCUUGUCUUGUAUUUUAUCAAAAUUUGUGAACUUUUGUUGAUAGUAACCAAAAUUGGGUUGUAUAGUAAAAGUGUAAUAUUUUAAGUAAAUGAAUGAAUUUAUGUUUAAUAUAGAUUUGAAUUGACAAUGCGCCAAUAAUUAUUGUGAAAACACAUCCGGGACAGGUGAGUGAAUGUACGUAGAGUGUGUGCCUUAAGAUGGCCACUCAUUGGUUACAUUAGAAAACAAAAUCUUUAAAUAGUGUUUUAAUUAUGUUUUUAACUCUCUUAUUUAUGGAAGAAGUUAAAACCAAUUUCAGUCUCAUUCUUUUAAUGCCAAAUACCGCAAACCAAAUAACGGGAAGGAAAAAACAUAAUUUGAAAAAGUCUGUCGACUUCUCCGUCGAUAAUCACAGGUGAGUCCCGUAUUUUCAUUAACACAUCACAUUAAUAUGUUUUAACUUUUUCUGGUGAUAUAAAAAAAUCGGUUUUUUCAAAUUUAUUACAAUAAAACUGCGAACCAAAAAUGGUGUUGGCAAAUUUUACAAAUCACUUUCCCUAAAAUUGAACUUUAUGUCACAGUAAUAGGGUUCAAAACAACACAGUGAAAUAAAUUAAAACACGAUUUUAAGAUAAAAAAAGAAAAAAGAAGAAUCAAAUGUAACCAAGUGCCCUGAAGGUCCCUAUUCGUGUUAUGUGCCACUUCACCUUCUGUGUUUCAAAGUGUUUGCUCGAUAAAUUAACCUUUUGACGGACACUAAACGAGACUUAAAAGAAAUUAAAUAUUUAUAACGUCUGUAGACGUAAAGCGUCUUGCAAAGGGUUUAAAUAUUGUUUUUGUACAGGGUGACAUUUGCAUGAUCGCUCAAUGUAUGAAAGACGAAAUUUUUGUAAAUUGAUUUUAUUAAAGUUUCAUGUUCGAAAUGUUGUGAAAUUUUUGCUAAUAAUUUAGUCGCCCUGUAUAACAUACAUAAUUUUUACGUGUAAAGAAAUGGUUUUACGCCGAGCGAAACAGUUACGCCCGGCGUAAACUGAACUCUGCAUGUUACAUGGCAUAGUGGAAUCAUGACUGGUGAUAAUACUAUACUGAGUUAUUUUUAUUUAUUGAACCUUUUUUACAUUUUCUUUUCAUAAAGGCUCAGUUUAAAACCAAAGAUUGUUCAGUGUAUGUUAAUUGGGCUCCCUUUACAGCGCUGCAUCGUAAUGAUCCAAGUUUCAUAUUUUCUAUGUUUCAAGUCAAUAAAUAUUUUAAUAUACUCAUAAAAAAA